AUGGCCAGCGCACCGCCACAGCUCACAAGAACCUCGAGCGAGCCACCCACUCUACCGCCGCUCGCCCUGAGCCCGCCCUCGUCCCCUGUCCUCACCUCGUCCCCCCACACCUUUCCGCCCCGGCAAGACGACGUCGACUACGACGGCAACGAGAUCGGCGUGGCGAUGGGAGGCGACACGGUGCCACCUGCUGCUACCGUGCGGCUGAGUGUCCUGCGCCGCAUGUGGGCUGCGACCGGCGAGCUCCAGGGUCUUCGUCGUGCUCGACUCGCCUUCUUUGGCAUCGUCGGGCUCGCCCAGGUCGUCGCCUUCACCGUCAUCUGCGCAACCUCGUACCACGACCAGUGCGACGUCCCGCUCGGCCCGUACUUGGUCAUGGUCAUCGUCCGCAUCGUCUGCGCCUUCCCUCCCUACUUCUGGCUCACCAUCUCGCCGCCUCGACCCGACCGCCGCAACCCGGACGCCGUGCGCGCCGCGCUCGCCCAGUCACGCCACGUCGGUUCGCUCGCCGUCGACUAUCGCGUGCGGCGCCUCGCCGACCUCAUCUCGAUCUACUCGGUCGUCGUCUUUGUCGCCGGCAACUGGUGGGUCAUCUCGAGCACGUCGUGCCCGGCCGACUCGCCAACCCUGUACCGCGGCGCCGUCGCCGCACUCGUCUUCAGCUGGCUGUACGUCGCCGAGAUCCUCGUGUGGGCGACCCUCGUCAUCUUCUUCCUCCCCUUCCUCCUCAUCGGCGUGCGCUGGUUCGGCAUGGGCCAGAAGAAGAACGAGGUCGGCCCGCUCAAGAAGGAGGACGUCGCGAGCCUGCCCCAGCGCGUCUUCCUCGGCAUCAUCCCCGACGAGGGUCCUCCGCCGAGCGCCGCAUCCGCGUCGCCUGCCCUUGCCGAUCCCGCCUCUCCCACUCCUUCUCCCGCCACACCAAACCCCCCUCCUUCACCCUCACCGGCCCCACCCGCCGCUCCUCGCCGCCAGUUCUGGCGCCUCUGGCGUCGUCGCGCCAAGAGUCGUCCGUCGGACAGGGCAGCGGGCAGCGGCGCACAGUCGAGCGGGAGCGCAGGCGUGGCGGACGGCGAGCGGGCGCCGCUGCCCGAGGGGGUUGAGGGGCUGAGGCUGCCCGAGUCGCAGGCGGCGUGCGCGAUUUGUCUGUGCGAGUACGAGCCCCCUCCCCUUCUCUCCUCGCCCGAGGCCGCCACCUGGCAGCCCGAGCGCCUCAUCCUCCUCCCCUGCGCCCACACCUUCCACACCGAGUGCCUCGGCGACUGGCUCGCCGUCUCAGGACGGUGCCCGCUCUGCCAACGCGACCUGCACGCGCCCAAGAAGAGGGGCCGCCAAGCGCUUCGCCGAGGAGGAGGAGGAGGGAGCGACGGCGACGUGCGCGAGGUGGCGUCCGAGAUUGGCGCGCCGACGGCGGAUGAGCGGGUCUGAGCACUCGAGUGCGGGCUCUUGAUGGGCUUCUGUAGCUUUCCCUCUCCC